CGCCACGCUCCUCUGUUUUCCCCUAGCUAGGUGCAUCGGGAGUCCCCAUGAUGCUAUAUUUGAGCUGGUCCACUAACAGAUUAGUUGGAUGACUAGCUAGAUAAGAAGGCUUAGUGGGGAUUCCUUUACAUGGCGCGUUAUUAGAUGUGCCAAGAGCUAUAUUGAUCCAGAGACCAGAAUUUGAGCCCUGAAUUCAACUACAAAAAACAUUUUGGCUGUUGGAAAAGAAGAUCGUGUUGAUUGGAAUUCCGCAGGAGAUCUUGAGUAGAUCAGGGAUCAGUGUGUACGUGAGAAGAGUCGGGCAAGCAGCAAUGGAGCAUGUGGUGGGUGCUUCGGAGGCCACCAUGAGGUCUCUGCUGACCAAGCUCGGGGGCUUACUCUCCCAAGAGUACGCUCUCAUCCGUGGCGUCCGGGGAGACAUCCAGUACAUCCGCGACGAGCUGACGAGCAUGCAGGCGUUCAUCCGCGACCUGAGCGGCACGCCGGAGGGCAAAGGCGACGAGCACGACCACCGGAUGAAGGACUGGAUGAAGCAGAUCCGCGACGUCACCUACGACAUCGAGGACUGCAUCGACGACUUCGCGCACCGCCUCUCCCACGACCCCGGCGGCGACUACCUGUGCGGCUUCGUCGUGUCCAGGGUGUACGAGAUCCUCACAUGGUGGCCUCGCCGCGACAUCGCCUCCAACAUCGCGGAGCUCAAGAUGCUGGCGCAGCAGAUCGGCGAGCGGCGCACGAGGUACGGCGUCGAGAACCCCCAAAAAAGAUCGGGAGAUGAGAACAAAUCCGGUCCAGCCACCAUUGGAUUUGAUGCCGCCGAGAACCAGCACACAAACCUUGAGAUGGUGGGAGUGGAGGCCUACAUGAAGGAGCUGACGAAAUGGGUGACGAACGAGACAUACCAAGACGGCGUGCUGUCCGUCCUCGGUUUCGGAGGGGUGGGGAAGACAACCAUCGCCACGGCACUGUACCGGCAACUCGGCGAUCAAUUUGACCGCCGGGCGAUGGUCACGGUGUCCCAGAGCUCCGACGUUGAGGCCAUCUUGAGAAGCAUACUUGAACAAGUCAUGCCGCAGUCCAAGGAUGGUCAGGAGCUGCAGGGUGGCCACGCCUCCCAGAAGAAGCUUCUACAUCAGGCAGUCAUCAGCUACUUGCAUCCUCUCAUGCCCAAGGCCCUCCGACGCCGAAGCAGCUCCAACUCCAACUCCGACAACUCCAAGAUUAGAGAGGGGAAGCUAACGCGUCUCCCGAGAGCUCUCACCCUGGAUCGCCAGUAUGACCACGAUCCGCAGGACGGCAACGAUGCUGCCGCCGGCUCAUCUGAGACAGUAGUAACAACCCCUGCAACGAAAGGCACGGCCACCUCCGAUGAAAAGCCUACUAGUGUCAUUGCUACCAUACGGGGUGCCUUCAGGCCCUGGGAUCGCCGUCGCCACCCACCGCAGGAUGACAAAGGUGGUAGCACCUCAGGCUCAGGGAAGGAGGCUAUUAACAUUCAAACAAUGAACAAGCCCGGCGAAAAAAACAUUCAAACCAUGAAGCGUGACGGUCUCUCAAAAUUGCUGCAGGAGCACCUAAAUCAAAAAAGACUAUUUUUCAAUUGCAGGUAUUUCCUAUUAAUUGACGAUGUGUGGUCUGCCACAACUUGGGAGCAGAUCAGAAAGCACUUGCCUACAGAUAACCUAAGCUACAGAAUAAUAGUUACCACAAGGUUUCAAGCUGUUGCUACCGCAUGUAAAAGGAAAGAAAGUGACCGCAUUCACAAAGUGGAUGUUCUUCGCGGAAAAAAACCCGAAAAACUCUUCAAUGAAGUCGAGUCCGAAUCCAGAAUCAGCAAAGAUGGUGAACGGAAAGAGAUAGAUGAUGGUGAACAGAAAGAGAGAGAAGGUCAACAGAAAGAGAUAGAUGGUGAACAGAAAGAUAUAGUGCGUCCCCGCAGGAUCUGGGAAAUGUGCAGCGGGCUUCCAUUGGCCAUUGUCACCAUGGCUGGUCACGUGGCCUGCAACUCAGACAAAGAUGAGACACAUUGGCUUAAUGUCUGUAAAUCUCUAGUUCCAGAGUCGGGAAGAGAUAUGACACAGGAGGGUGUAACCAGAAUACUUGGUCAUUGCUACAAUGAUAUGCCUGCCGAGCUGAGGACUUGCUCUCUGUACCUGAGUAUAUUCCCGAAAGGCAACAAGAUUAGCAGGAAGCGGCUGACAAGGCGAUGGAUAGCUGAAGGCUUUGUCAGUGAGAAGCAGGGGCAGAGUGUGGAGGAUGUUGCGGAGGCAUGCUUCUGUUGGAAAUAUAGUCAUCCCAAUUAUUCUAACAGCUUCAACCAUCUCGUGAGGAGGAAGAUCAUACGUCCCGUGGAGCACAGCAGCAACGGCAAGGUGAAGAACUGCCAAGUCCAUGACAUGGUUCUUGAGUACAUCGUGUCCAAGGCGAGUGAAGAGAACUUCGUGACGGUGGUUGGAGGGUAUUGGCUCAUGCCGCCACCCAGCAGCAAAGUGCGCAGGCUGGCCAUCCAAAGUGGUGAUUCCAAACGUGGCAGUGGCACAGACAGCAUGAACCUAUCUCAUGUCCGAUCACUGACCAUGUUUGGAAGCCUGAGCCAGCUGCCAUCCAAUUCAUUCAAGUUCGGAAUUGUUCAAGUGCUUGAUCUCCAAGGUUGCAAGGGUUUCAAACAGCAUCAUACCAAGGAGCUAUGCAACAUGCUUCUAAUCAAGUAUCUAAGCCUCCGAAGGACUGACAUUAAUAAGCUUCCUAAAAAGAUUGGGAAGCUACAGUAUUUAGAGAUCCUUGACAUAAGGGAGACAAAUGUGACGAAGCUGCCUAGAAGUGUCUGCCAGCUUGAGCGAGUGGCUAACAUACUUGGUGGCAACAAACGAACAAGGAAGGCAUUGAAGCUCCCUGCUGAAGAUGUCAAGAAAACAAUCAAGUCGCCUUGGGGAAAAGAAGCAAAGGAGUCCGGCGGCAAAAAAACACUGAAGACCCUGCGCAUUCUGUCAGGUAUUGAGAUAGUCGGAGAAUCGACUGCAGAAGGAGACUUCCACCACCUGACUGAUCUAAGAAAGCUCGCCAUCUACAAGCUCAACGUCAGAAGAGGAGAUAAACCUUUUGAGAAUCUAAUAUCCUCCAUCGAGUACCUCUGUGGCUACUCUCUGCACACCCUCGUAAUCGAGGACGUCUCAUCGGAGUUUCUGGAAUCACUAGGUGAUCUUUCUUCCCCUCCCAAGUUUCUCAAGUCCCUUGAGCUGUCUGGCAAGUUGGUUGAGCUCCCCAGAUGGAUCACACAGCUUGAAGAACUCACAAAGUUGACUCUUUCGGUGACAGUUCUGAGGACAGAUAACUUGAGAAGUAUCAGCCAAUUGAAAAAACUGUUCUCUCUCACCUUUUCCCUUUCAGGCGCAAAGCCUGAUCCACUGUCAACAGCCAUUCUUGAGGAGAACAAGAACUACUCUGAUGGGGAAAUCUUAGUUCCAGCAGGAGGAUUUGAGAAUCUGAAGCUCCUUCGUUUCUCUGCUCCUCUCCUGCCCUUGCUGAACUUUCAGGAGAAGGCUAUGCCAAGCCUUGAGAGACUUGAGCUACGGUUCAGGAUUUUCGAGGGACUUUUUGGCAUACAAAACCUGGAAAUCCUAAAAGAGGUGCAUCUCCGGGUAAAUUACAGAGCAGGUGAGGUCACCAAGUCCAUCGUACAAAAUGUGGCAACUCAAGUGAAGAAAGAGGCCACCAAAAGUGUGGCAACUGAAGCGAAUAAAGAAAAUGUAGCAUCUGCAACGAACAAAGAGGGCACUGAGUUCAUCAUAGAAAAUGUGACACUUGAAGCAAAUGAAGCUACUGCCGCGAUGAAAGAGGCCACCACGUCAACCGUAGAAAAUGUGGCAACUGAAGGGAAUAAAGAAAAUGUGACAACUGACACGAAUAAAGAAAAUGUGGCAACUGCAGAGAAGAAAGAGGUCAAGGGGCCCAUAAUAAUUGUUGAUCAGUAUUACGACUGAUCGAAAUUCCAAUAUCUAUGAAAAACGAUGUGACAAGGCUUUGCUAUCCGUUUUACUGUUCAAUUACCCUCCUCUACUUUAUAGCAGGUGAUUAGGGAGUGUUUUACUUAGAAUCAUAAGUGACAUGAUUUAUAGUUCUUAACACUUCUCUCGUUCAAAAAAGAAAACAGUUCUUAACACUUCAUUGUAUCCACCUAAUUAAAACGUUUAGGUGUGUGAGUUUUUUGGGUUGUAUCCAUCUCUGCUAUGCAGAGGGUGGGAGUGAGAUCUUAA